CAGGUGUCACAGAGAAGAAUAAUCUUCAUCAGCCCAGUGGUCAUCAAGGAUAUGAACUCUGCUGUUUUUAUCUAGAUGGAUGAAAAGGUUAACAGCCCAGAAGGGGAGCUCCUUUGGUUUUCAAGAUGGCAGCAACUAGUGGCGAAAGCCAGCUGCAGCGGAUUAUCAGAGACUUGCAAGAUGCUGUGACUGAAUUAAGUAAAGAAUUUAAAGAAGGAGGGGAACCGAUCACAGAUGACAGUGUCAACUUGCAAAAAUUCUCCUACAAGCUUGAGUACCUCCUACAGUUUGACCAGAAAGAAAAAAACACAUUGCUGGGGAACAGAAAAGACUACUGGGAUUAUUUCUGUGACUGUCUGGCAAAAGUCAAAGGAGCUAAUGAUGGAAUCCGCUUUGUCAAGUCUAUUACGGAACUACGAACAUCUCUUGGAAAAGGAAGAGCAUUUCUUCGUUACUCCUUGGUUCACCAAAGGCUAGCAGACACCCUGCAGCAAUGUUUUAUGAACACCAAGGUGACCAGUGACUGGUACUAUGCAAGAAGUCCAUUUCUGAAUUCCAAAAUGAGUUCUGACAUUGUGGGUCAACUCUAUGAGCUCACUGACGUUCAGUUUGACUUGGCAUCAAGAGGCUAUGAUUUAGAUGCUGCUUGGCCAGCAUUUGCCAGGAGGACACUGUCCUCGCUUGGAUCUUCAGCAUAUUUAUGGAAGCCCCCAAGUCGCAGUUCCAGCAUGAGCAGUUUAGUCAGCAAUUAUUUGCAGGCCCAAGAGUUUCCCUUCAGCCCUGAUGCAAAUAGUUCACUAAAUGUUGAACACCUUGAGGGCUUUGAAGAGAUGCGUGUAGAACUUGACCAGGCUGAGCUGAGGCAGAGGGAACUUCAAGAUCGUAUUCACCAGCUAGAAAUGGAAAACCAGGAGCUACAGGCAGCUGUCAGCCUUCAGAAAGAACAAGUACAGGUAGAAAAGGAGAAGAGCAAUAACUACAGCGAGGAGAACUCCCGGCUGACAAAGAUGAUCACAGAGUUACAGAAGCAGUGUGAGGUCUCGCACUCCACUCAGAGCACUGUUCAUGACCUGCACAAGUGCCUGCAGUCACUGGAACUGAAUGCAGUGGAGCAGCAGAAGGAAUAUUCAACAAAGCUGGAGCAGCUGGUGACCAGCAAGGAAUACUGUGCCUCAGAACUGCAGGUGUUGAAUCAGGAGCUGGAGGCCUCUAGGGCUUUGGUUGCUAUGAAGAAUCUUUGCAUCAAUGAGCUCAAAGCCAAGCUGAGUUCCACAGAACAGAAGAACCUCAACCUCCUUGAGAAAGUUGAUGCUGCUUUGGAGGAAAAGGGAGAGCAAGCCACAGCCCACUGUGACUCUGCCCUACAGAUACGUGCACUGUUAGAGAAGCUUCAGGAGACAGAAAAGGAAAAGGCAGAUAUGCAAAGACUCAGUGACGAACAUGUAUCUCAGCUGAAAGCAGCAAGGGAGGAGCUGCAGCUGAAAGAAGAGGCACAGAAGGAACUGGAAUCCAGAUACAAUCGCCUUACUGCUGACUCCAAAGAAGAGAGUGAAAAGCUGCUUGGGAGCCUGGAAACCAUGGCAAAGGAAAUGGAUGCACUUCAGAAGGCCCUGACCCUGAAAGGAAAGGAGAUGGCUGAGCUCCAGACCCAGGUAAUGGGGUCGCUGGCUCAGGUGGGGUCACUGGAAAAAAAUCUUGAGGAAGCAAGGAAAGGAAAAGAGAAACUUGAGGAGGAGUAUGGUAGGAGGGAAGGAGCACUGAAGCAGGAAGCCCACUCGCAAGCAGAGCAACUUGAACUACAGGAGGGUCACUUAACAAAGGUGAGUCAGACUGUGUGUAGCCUUGAGGAGCAAAACCGGAAACUCUUGUCUGAGAAAGAGCAUCUCAGACAGAAAGUCAAGGAGCUGGAGGAACAGAUGGAGCAGCAAAACUCUGCAGCGAGCGAAAUGGGUGAGGAGAGCAGGAAGCUGAAAGCAGAGAAUGCGAAUUUGCAGCAGUCCAAGAAGAAGAUGGAAGGGAAGCUGAAAAAUCUGGAAGCUUCUAAAGCUUCCCUGGAAGCUGAGGUAGCCAGGCUGAGAGCCUCUGAGAAACAGCUUCAGAGUGAGAUAGAUGAUGCCCUGGUGUCAGUUGAUGAAAAAGAGAAGAAGCUCCGGGUUGAGAACAAACAGCUGGAUGAAGACUUGCAGAAUGCCAGGAGGCAAAGCCAAAUUCUGGAGGAGAGAUUAGACGCUCUGCACUCAGACUAUGAAGAACUAAAGCAAAGAGAAGAGACCACCAAGGAGUCUUAUGCCUCACUUGAAGCACAGCUGAAGAGUGCCAAACAGCAUAGUUUAGAAACGGAAAAAAGCUUAGGCACCUUGAAGGAAAGCAAAGAGUGUCUCCAGUCACAGCUCACAGAGAAGGAAGUAGAACUGCAAGGCAUGGAGAGCCAGUGUGAGCAGCUAAGAGCAGAAGCUGAAAGACAUAGGAAGAAAGCAGAGACUCUUGAGGUAGAAAAGCUCAGUGUUGAAAAGACAUGCCUUCAUCAGACAAAGCUUAUUGAAUCCCUCACAUCAGAAAAGGAAUCAGUGGAAAAACACCAACUACAGCAGGCGGCUUCCCUGGAGAAGGAGGCAAAAGAGCUGGCCUCCAGACUAACCAUAAGUGAAGAGCAGUUGGAGGUCAACCGAGGUGAAGUGUCUAGGCUGCAAGCAGAAGUCCUCGACCUGCGAGUCAAGCUUCAGCAGACCACUGAUGAGAGAGAGCAGAUGAGAGGUGAGCUGGCAAUCACAGAGACUGUCUUGGGUGAACAGAAGGUGCUUGUCCAGCAGCUGAAAGAGCAAAGUGAGUCACUCAACAGAAACCAUGUGCAAGAAAUGGUGCAGUUUAAAGAAAGAGAAGAAGUGCUGAAAAAAGAGCAGGAGACAGCAGCCCAUGAAAAAGCUGAGCUGGAAAAUAAUUUGCUGAACCUGAAGGAAGAACUAUUCAAGGUUAAGCAGUACCUGGAAGUUGCUAGAAUGGAAAAUGAAGAAAACAAAGAUCUCCUCCACAGGACCAACACGGAUAUGGCUGAACUUGGUAUUCAGAUUUGUGCCUUGACCUCUGAAAAGGUGGAUGCAGAAGAGCAGUUAGCCCAGGCCACAGAAAGGCUCAAAGAACUGGAAGAACAGGCAGCAGAGCAACAGGAAAAGCUGAAGCUUGACAUCUCUAAUCUCAGACAGGAGAACAAGAGCCUGCAAGAGAAAUUAGAAGAGGCUCAAAUAUGUGCCGCAGCUGUCCCAAGUCUGCAAUGGCAGCUGGAGACAGUAAAGAAACAGGCACAGAGUUUCCAAGAGACCAGCCAAGAAGAGCUGUCUGCAAUAAAAUUUCAAAUGAGCACAGAGAUUCUAAAUUAUCAGACAAAAUUCAAGGCUGUCAGUGAAGAGUGUGGGAAAGUAAGAGAGCAACUUGAGGAGCAGAAGCGACAACAGCAUGCUGCAGAGGAAGAGAUUGCGGAGUUACAAGCUGCAAACACGAGUUUGUCUAGAAAGCUGGAUGAAGCAAGAGAGCAGCUGUCUGAAUCAGAGUUUGCUCGGCUGCAGAAGGAAGAGGAGGUGACGUCUCUGAGAGAACUCUUGGAAAG